AUGGAGGCCCAUCGCGCCAAGCUUGCCGGCGAUCUCGAGCCCAAAGCAGCCCCCGAUACGAGGACGGGAGCCGUGGUUGAGAGAGCAAUUACGUCUUCGAUACCCGGUAGUCUCGUGAAGCAGCAUGCCGCUUCGUUGAAAGCCGUCAACUCGGACGGUAGUAGCACCCGGACCUCUUGCGCCAGGUCCGUGGCCGGUGCCGAGAAGCUCCGGGUGCCUGACUUGCCUGAAGAGGCAUGCAAGGGCCCUUUUGAGUGUCCGCUCUGCUUCGUGACGAUUGAGGCGAGUACGACGGCUUCGUGGGUGAAACAUGUUUACGGUGGCCUGCGGCCAUACGUCUGCCUCUCUGCCGACUGUGCGGGCCCGGAUCGAGACAAGCAGUAUUGGUGGCACGUUGGCCGUCACCAGCGAGAGCUCUCCCUGUUCGCCCUGCCCUCGAUAGAGCGCAAGGAAGACAAGUCGAAGAUGAGCAGCGACACGCCGACCACGGGACCAGCUUAUUACGCACGGCCCUAUGCUCUGGGCACUCCGCCGCGAGGCACGAGCCAAGGUGCGCCGUUUACAGUGGCGUUUGCCAUUUGCAGGCAGCAUCUCGGGGCGCUCUGCUCCGAUCAGCACGUGCUAUGCCGCGCCGCCGCCAUGGCUCCAAGCUCUGCCGUCUUCGGCGCUCUCCUCGCCCUCGCCCGCGUCGUGCGCGCUUCCCAGCCCGGAGCUGUCGAGCCCGUCGCCGCCCCGAUGCGAGACCUAUCUUGGGGCCAGCUUAAUUUUCUGCACACGACAGAUACCCACGGAUGGCUCGGCGGCCAUCUUCAAGAACCGCAGUACUCGGCCGACUGGGGUGACUACGUCUCCUUCUCCCACCACAUGCGUAAGCGAGCCGACAACGCCGGCGCAGACCUCCUCGUCAUCGACACGGGCGAUCGCAUCGAGGGCAACGGCCUUUACGACGCCUCGGUCCCAAAGGGCCGUUUCCAGUACGACAUCUUUGCCCAGCAAAACAUCGACGUCCUCACCAUAGGCAACCAUGAGCUCUACAAGGCCUACUCGGCCGCCUGCGAGCAUAACACGACCCUCCCUCACUUCAAGGACGCCUACAUUGCCUCCAACGUCAACUACACGGACCCCGACACCGGCAAGUCCGAGGCCCUCGCCCAGCGCUACCGCAAAUUCAAGACCAAGAACCUCGGCCUCAACGUCGUUGCCUUUGGCUUCCUCUUCGACUUUACCGGCAACGCCAACAACACCAUCGUACAGCCCGUCGAGGAAACCAUCAAGGAGCUUUGGUUCCAGCGCGCCAUGCGCGAGAAGCCCGACCUCUUCCUCGUAAUCGGCCACGUCGGCCUCCGCAUGCCCGAGUUUCGCGCCAUCUUCACCGCCCUGCGCAAGCAAAAUUGGCACAUACCCAUUGUUUUCUUUGGCGGCCACGCCCACGUCCGCGACGCCCUCAGCUACGAUUCCCAAUCCUUUGCCAUGGCUUCCGGCCGCUACCUCGAGACCAUUGGCUGGAUGUCGAUUGACGGCAUCAAGCCAAACCGGAAAUACAUGGACAAUAACCUCCUCGGCAUGUACUACCAUACGGGCCUCAACAAGUCCACCUUUCCCACCAAGCAAGGCAAGCACGUCAGCAACAUGAUCGCCAAGGCCCGCAAUCAAAUGCGACUCGACGACCGCCACGGCUGCGCGCCCCGGGACCUCUGGAUGAACCGCGCCGAGUACCCGAGCAACGCGAGCAUCUACUCCUGGCUCCAGAACGAGGUCCUCCCCGACGUUAUCGUCAACGUGACGCGCCGGGAAAAGGCGCGGCUCGCCAUCCUUAACACUGGCGGUGUCCGCUUCGACAUCUUCAAGGGCCCCUUUACGCGAGACAACACCUUCACCGUCAGCCCCUUUGCAAAUUCGUUCAAAUUUGUCCCCGACGUGCCCUACAGUGUCGCGCAAAAGGUUCUGGGCAUCCUCAACAGCGCCGACAAGCAAAUGUUUGCCCCGUCUCCCGCCACCGUCGACGAGCCGAGUCUCGAGCUGCGCAGCGUCCCGGAGCCCCGGCCAAUGUCCCGUCAAGGCUCGGCCCCGGACCUCAUUGCCGGGUACACAACCAAGGACGACAUUGGCGACGACGGCGACGACACGGUCCACGAGCCCUUGACGUUCCACCACGUGCCCAACUGCAUCCAGUCCGAGAUCGCCUUCCCCAAGAGCGGCGAUCCCGACACGGUGGACCUUGUCUUUGUCGACUUCAUCCAGCCCUGGAUCGUACCGGCGCUCAAGUUUAGCGGCGGCGACUUUGGCGACGGCGACGUGCAGGUGUAUAUGGAGGAGACGCUGACGCACAAGCUGGGCGAGUGGAUCGAGGGCAACUGGAAGGGUGAUUGCUGA